AUGGAUCUUCGCUUUCUCAAAACAACGAUCAAAUAUAAUGAUUUUCAAAGUAGAAUUGCCUUACCAACUCAACCACCAAAUAGCGGUGUUUUCGGUACAAUCGCUGGUUGGGGAAAAACGGAGGAAGGUUAUGGCACAACAAAUUCACAUUAUUUAAAACAAUCGUCUGUGGUUAUUUUAAAUAGUACUGAUUGUGCGUCGCGCGUUCCACUCCCAAUGGCAAGCACUCAAUUUUGCACAUUCCAUUCAGUUGGAACUGGCAUUUGCUCUGGUGACGAUGGUGGCUCGGUUGUCAGCAAUGGAGAACUUUAUGGUGUUAUAUCAUUUUCCUAUGGAUGCGCGCAAGGCAUACCAGAUGUGCAUACUGCAGUAUAUUAUUAUUUAGAUUUCAUAAGAUUGUACAUGCUCGUAUAAUUUAUAUAGUAUGUAUUAAUAUUGUCGUUAUCAUUGUAAUAUGAAUUUUGUACGCGCACGUUACUUAUGU